CAGGCCGCCAACCAGCUGGAGGCGCUGAAGCAGAUGAGCAAGGUGGUGGCAGACACGGGAGAGAUAUGGGCCAUCAAGCAGUACAAGCCCGUGGACUGCACCACCAACCCCAGCCUGGUGCUUAAGGCCAUGAAGGACCCGGAGUAUGCCCGCUUCCUGGAUGAUGCCGUGUACCAGGAGCGGCGGCGCGGCAACCCGCCGGGCCUCAGGCCCCACUCCUUCAUCGCCGACCAGCUGGCCGUCAACAUCGGCACCGAGCUGCUGUCCAUCGUGCCGGGCAGGGUUUCCACAGAGGUGGACGCCCACCUGUCGUUCGACGCGCAGGCCACCUACGACAAGGCACUGCACCUGGUGGACCUGUAUGUGGAGCGCGGCAUCGACCCCAAGCGCCUCUACAUCAAGAUCGCCAGCACCUGGGACGGCAUCCGCGCGUGCGAGAUGCUGCAGCAGGAGGGCAUCGACUGCAACAUGACGCUGCUGUUCAGCUUUGCGCAGGCUGUGGCGUGCGCCGACGCCGGCGCCGCCCUCAUCUCUCCCUUUGUGGGCCGCAUCUUGGACUGGCACAAGAAGGAGCACAAGAGGAUGUACACGCCUGAGGAGGACCCGGGCGUUGCCAGUGUGCGGCGCAUCUACAGCUACUACAAGAAAUACAACUACCCCACCAUCGUCAUGGCGGCGUCGUUCCGCAAUGCGGGCGAGAUCCGCCAGCUGGCGGGCUGCGACAACAUCACCAUCGCGCCGCCGCUGCUGGAGGAGCUGGAGGCGUGCACCGACCCGCUGCCCUACCAGCUCUGGCCCCGCAUGGGCGGCUGCGAGGACGACCACAUCCGAAUGGACUUCUUCGCAAAGGAGACCUUUGACGCCAUGCACGGCGCCGACAGGAUGGCGGUGGACAAGCUGCAGGAGGGGAUCGACAACUUUGCGGCCGAUCAGCUGAAGCUGGAGGAGCUGAUUGCGGCCACGCUGGAGAAGAAAGAAUAGGCGCAGCUGUAGAAGAAAGAAUAGGGGCAGCCGCGAGACGCCUCGCGUCUCGAGCCUUGCUCUCCGAGGAAGCAGCGCCGGAGCAGCACGCGCCUCGUUGCCCGAUGCUGGGAACACUGCUCGUGCCGGUGGGCCCGAGUGAAACGCCGCCUGCUGACCAAACAGGCGCCGAGACGGAAGCAACCCCACGCCAACGAAUGCCGCCACCUAACCCACAACGACACUGACGAUGCCAGCCCUCCUCCUUCAAGCUAGUGCCCAGCGAGCCGUGUUGUGACUCCACGACGAUUCAUUGCUGCUUUAUGCCACGCCCCUGCCGGGGCUGCGCCCUUGCAUGCGGUGUGCAUGCCGUGCCCCCUCACCUGCGCAUGCACUGUUGCAUGCUUGCCCCCUACGUACAUACGCAUUUGCCCCUUGUUCCGCUUUGCCUGUUCUGUUGACAUCACCUCGUGCUCGCUCUCACUUUUCCUCUGCGCCGCGCACGUGGCGCCUUCUGCCGAUACCGCCCGCCACCCUGCAACACGCUGCACCUGCCCUCAGCGCAUUCCGCCUGCAUGUGCAUGCCUGCAUGUUUAUCUACUACUCUCAGCGACGCCUGUAAUAGCGGCACAUC